UCCCCAAAAAACGUGGCCAAUCCUCCGCAGUGGGUACGUGCCACCGAAGAAGUAUAUUCUAUCCCAUCCGCAGCGUACCGCAUUGGUGAGAGGUCAAGUGCGCUGUCAAGACAUCCUCCACCUUCGAAAGGCGUAUCCGGCGUCACGCUGAACAGCAGCGAAAACCCUUUGGUUGUCCCACCCAGCGCUAAAACGAAGACCGCUGUCUGCUCGUCGAAGGGCACGCUAGCUUUGUCUGCGAUUGCCGCUUGAACCGACAAGCGCCGCUCCAGCCACUUCUGGCACAGGAUCCCUAGGAAGCUCGGCGACCUUUAAGAGCGAGUGCCGUAUCGAUUCGAAGAGCACGAAGAAAACACCCGAAACUGUCGGCGCGAGAACCAUUGCCGGAGCCACAUCCACCAGCGAGAAAAGUGCAUCUGGUUUGGCCCCAAUGAGCGACAAAGGCCGAUGCGGAACGCCGUCGAACAACCCCGGCAGCUUGAAAGUCGGCUCGCACAGCGGGUCACGACCGCUUCCGACAGAAAAAACUCGCGUAGCUGCCGCGACGGCCGCUGGUGGAUCUGGAGCUUCCUCUGUCGACGGCAAAGGGGCACCUUCUGAUGCAUCAACGAACCGCAAGUUCGCAGCCAGUUCGCCGAAGACCAAGUCCGGUUCCCACAUGGUCUCAACCAACACGAUCAGCUCUCCAAGAGACGCACCCAACGCUACCAAAAGCUCAUCGCCAUUCACCGGCAAGAGGCGUACUGCGUCUCCGGAAACCUCUGUAGCGGGUACGAAGAGAGCCAAGAAAGGGUCCGGUGCCACCUCACCGAAAAGUGCCUCGAUCGGCGCAACAAUAACGUCCACCGCAGCCACGAAGAAAGACGCCACGUCGCAUGCCGGCUCCGCAAAGACGCCACCAAACGGUGCUUCGACGACGAGCACCGGCAAGAAUGACCAGGCCCCAUCUGUCAGCGAUGCACCGGGAACCGGCUCGGCCAGGAGCAGCGCUUCAGGACACGACCGAGAGCAGAGCAGCGCCGAGGAGCCGUGGAGCGUCGAGGCGAGCUCGUCGUCGACCUACACGACGGAGACAGCGCAGCCCAUCUUGCAGCGGCGCAGGGGCGAGGCAUACGUGCCACCCGGCUGGUUCAAGCCCCGCGAGUCGCGCUCGAGCGAAGAGAUGUUGGAGAGUGGCACGGCGACGUCCUCCGAGGCCUCUGGCUCGAAGUCUUCCGCCACGUCACGUAGCGCCAGCAGCUGGAUGCGGCGUAUCGCUGGUGGCGAGGGCAAGCUGUCCGCGCGCCACCGGUGCUGCUUGUGCGUCGCCUGCUGCGCCCUCGUGGUGUGCGUGGCAUCGGCCGCCGCGCUCGCAGUGGCUGCCCUGCUGCGCAGGGGCGACAGCGCCUGGGAUCACGGCUGCAGGACGAGCUUCUGCGUGCGUGCCCGUGAGCUGAUGCAGCCACCGCCGGGGGCCCCGAGACCCUGCGAUGACUUUUACAGCCACGUGUGCUAUGCAUCCGCGGGCUCGCACAUGGACUUCCUCGAGGCGUUUCGGCUGCGGCGCAAGACCGAGUACCACGAGUCUGAGCUCGCCGAUCCCUUAGCAGCGCCCACAGGAGACGUGUCGCACAAGCUCGCCUACGCGCACCAGGUCUGCGCACAGUUCUCGCACCGACAGAAUCCCUCGCUGCGCACCUUGGCAUCCCAGAUGCGCCAGUCGCUGGAAGGCGACAUGAAGAGCUUCCUGGAGGCGCGCUCCGAACACGAUGACACCAUGCUCAACCUGACCUGGGCCGCCGUGCGCAUGGGCAUCAACACGCUGUUCAAUGUCACCGAGGUCAAUGCGAGCACGCCUCUGCACAUCUACGCCAGGAUGCCGGACCAGUACUACUUCGGGCAGUCGGACAAGAACAAGUUGCUGGUUUACGUGGACAACCUGCUGCGCCACCUGUGGCGGAACAAGGCCACCGACUCUGUGCUUCAGGCCAUCGUAGAGCUGGUCUCGAGGCUGUCCGAAAUGACCUUUGGGAAUGACGCGCGCACCCAGGUGACAAAGCUCGAGGACUACGUGUUGCCUCCCGGCAACUUCAAUAUUGGCGCCAUGAUCGUCAAAAGUGUGCCUCCAACGAGACCUGAAAGGCACAUGAGACACGAGGUGAACCUCCGGCACAACGUGCGGGCGGUCAUCGUCCACGGAGACGUCAUCUCGCGAGCGUACGCGAUCCUCGCGUCGGAGGCGCGCGAGACGGCCAACCUGUUCCUGCUGGUGCUGUUCUUCGACGAGUACCUGAAGAUGGUCACGGGCUGGUCCCAGAAGACGUUCGACGAGUCCCUGAGCUGCACGCUGCUCGGCUCCAAGCUCUUCCCGCUGCAGUACGGACACUCCGAGGCGGCCCUCUUCUACGACCAGACCGCGGCGCGCGAGCUCCGCGACAUCUUCAGUGCCGCCAAGGUGACGGCAGAGGGCCACUUGGGUGUCAGGGGACAGCCGGUCGAGGUCAACAUCAAGAUCCUGGAGCCAAAUUCGUUCCCGACGGACGCGGUCGACGAGACGAGCCUGUACCAGAUGCACGCCCUCAACAUCCUCGAGGGACUGAAGGCCACCAUGACCGCCAUGCUUCGGCGGGUGGCCGAAGGCACAUACGGAGGCGAGAGUCGCAUCCUGGUCGAGGCCCAGUUUAGGGGCGCCUUCGCCUACGACCCGACGGUCUCCAGCCUCCUGGUCGCGACGCAGAACUUGCGGCCGCCUUUCUACUGCCACCAGAGGACCGCGUCGAACCUGCCGCUGGGCACCAACGCCACUGCGGUCAGCGUCCAGUGCGACGGCGGAAAAUUCAAGCCGUUUCUCAACCACGGCCUCGCUGCGACGGCCAUGGUCGAAGCGGUGUUGUCGGUCAUUAUCCAGAAGUCCAUCCACAACGCGACGGAGAUCGAGGAACGGGCCAGCUGUUACAAGAAGCAGCUGAAAAUCAGCGGCUCCGUCGACACCGCGACCCUGGCGUCCACCGCCAUGGGCCUGUCGCUGUCCUUCUCGAUGCUCAAGACGGCCAACAUGGCACUGUGGCGGGACCUGAACCUUCUCAAGGAGGACCGCGCGGCGCUGCGGCUGUUCUUCCACCGUCACUGCCUGCGCCACUGCGGCAAGACGGGAACGCUCACCGGCAAGCACAAGUGCCACCUUGCUCUGGUCAACAUGCGCGAAUUCUUCACGGCCUAUGGAUGCAGAAAUAACGCGCCAAUGAGACCGACCGUACACUGCGCUAUAUAGCACUUUCACCUGGUAGUUGACUUUUAUGCUGUAAAGGCUGCAGUUACGCGACCGACGGAUUAUUCCGAUCGUUUGGGGGGGUGUAGAGAAAUUGAAAUCGCGGCUGUCAGAAUGACUACGCGUCGCACUUGCUCGCAUGACGCUACAACUUAUUCAGCUUUUAAUGUUAUUGCGUUGCCUUAUUCAUGGUGUUACGAAAUUGCUUAUUUUCUUUCAAUUGUGCAAUAUAAUCACUGGUUUGUACGAGACAACGUGCAGGCUGGAAGAGCCACGAAUAAGUCAAAAUGCAGA